AUGGCACGAUGGCUACUGAUGUUAGCAGAAUUUGAAUUAAAGUAUGUCACCAAGAAGUCUAUAAAAGGAAGAGCUGUUGCUGAAUUCUUGGCUGACUGCCCAGUCAAAGGAGGUGAAGAUGCCAAGAUUAAGUUUCCCGAUGAAGACAUAAUGACUCUAGCCGAAGAUGUUUGGAAGUUGUACUUCGAUGGAGCAGCCAAUCAGAAAGGAUUUGCAAUUAGCGUGUUGUUGAUAGCACCCGACAGAUCCCACAUUCUGCUCGCAUUCAAGCUAAACUUUGAGGUUACCAACAAUCAAGCAGAGUACGAGGCUUGCAUUGUGGGUAUGGAAGCAGCAAUUAAAAUUGGUAUAGAGAAAUUAGAAGUGGUGAGAGAUUCCAACCUGGAAGUGUCACAGGCCAACGGUGAUUGGAAAGUCAAAGAAGAAAAGCUAAAGCCCUACCAUCAAGAUUUCGAGGAUCUCAUCCCUCAUUUUAACAAAGUAACCUUCACUCAUGUACCGAGGCUCAAGAAUCAAUUUGCGGAUGCCUUGGCCACGCUGGCAUCCAUGAUUGAAAUUCCCAUUGGUGUGAAGCUAAGGCCAAUCGUAAUCGAACAAAGGGAUACACCGGUAUACCAGCAUGUCGCCAUUGACGAGCCCGAUGAUGGUCACCUUUGGUAUUACUACAUUUGGAGAUUCGUGGAAAGAGGAGAAUACCCCAUUGAGGCAAGCAAGAAAGACAAGAUCGCCCUUCAGAGGAUGGUAGCUCAAUACAUCAUCUGCGGCAGAAAUCUAUAUCGAAGGUCGCACUGCGGCAUGCACAAGUUAUGCAUCCAUGGUACAGAGGCAAGAAGGGUAAUGGAGGAGACUCAUGAAGGUGUGUAUGGCCCUCACAUGAAAGGCAUGAUGCUUGUCAAAAAGAUCCUCAGGCAGGGAUAUUUCUGGUCCGCCAUGGAGACAGAAUGUGUAGAAUACGUGCGACGAUGUCACAAAUGCCAAAUCCAUGCCAACCUCACACAUGUCCCACCAUCGGAACUACAUCAAAUGACCUCACCAUGGCCUUUCUCGUAUGAGGUUCCUCAGGCGUUUGUAUCCGAUAAUGGGGUUCAUUUCAAAGGACGAGCCAGGGAAAUCUUAGAUGAAUUCCAGAUUCAAGUACAUAAGUCAACCACCUAUCGGCCGCAGACCAACGGAGCCAUGGACGCGGCCAACAAAACAAUCAAAGCCAUUUUGGAAAAGACUAUACAAUCUGCAAGAGAUUGCCAUGAGCAAUUGCCGCUGGCUUUGUGGGGGUAUCGCACGUCUGUACGUACACCAACAGGGGCGACCCCUUACUCUUUGGUCUACGGUAUGGAAGCUGUACUUCCCAUCAAGUUGGAAGUUCCGUCUCUUCGAACUAUGGUCGAGUGUGAAGUCCAAGAGACAGAAUGGUUAAGCAAUCGAUUUGAAGAGCUCAUACUGUUUGACGAACGCUGGUUGAGGGCUCUCUAUCAUAUUCAAUGGUAUCAGAGAAGGAUUGCUCGUGCGUUCAAUAAGAAAGUAAGGCCUAGGGACUUAGCAGAGGGUGACAUGGGUAGUAGGAUUGAGUCAGUUUUCUUGGGCCCCGGCUCUCGCAGCAAUAUCCCUCCUAAGCCACUUCCGGUAGCUCCCGCGAACCAUCACAGAUGGGUAAGGAUGCGCAUCGGUCACCUCACGAGUUCUCCAGAAUCGCUGAUAGUUGCAAAGAAUGGAGUGACAAAAGAGGGGCAGGACAUCUACCACAACCUCAGUAGGGGCCUCCUAUCUAAGGCCAAGUUGACACUGAAUCCGAUAGGGAAUAUAGAAAGUGAAAGCCUCUAA